CGUGACGGAAAUAUAAAGGCGGAGUCGAGUAUCUUGGUGUACUGUAUAGAGAAUAUCUUUGGUUAAAAAGUGUCUGAAACAAACAAUAGGUUCGAGUAAUGCUUAAAAUAGAAACUGUCAAAUAUUUAUAAUAGUUUGUUUUGUAUUAUUAUUAUUAAAUGAUAAUAAUAAUCGUAUUUCCUAUAUGUUAUUUACAACAGGAAGUAGUUCCUAAACAUAGGAAAUAAUGGCGUUUAACAGCAAUGACAUUUUCAGAGUUUUUUUCCAGCAGCUGUUUGUCUUGUGCGUUAUAACAUUGAUAUUGUCAACACAGAAAACACACGCCAAGAAUUCAAACGACAUUCGCUGCAAAUGCAUUUGCCCGCCCUAUAAAGAACUCGCUGGGCAAAUUUACAACAAAAAUGUGUCACAGAAAGACUGUGAUUGUUUACACGUGGUAAAGCUUUUGCCUGUCGCUGGCAGUGAUGUGGAGGCUUACUGUUUACGCUGUGAAUGCAAAUAUGAAGAAAGAAGCUCAGAUACUAUUAAAGUAACAAUCAUCAUAUACCUGUCAAUCCUAGGGGUGCUUCUGCUGUACAUGGGGUACCUGACACUUCUUGAACCAGUGCUGAAGAGACGCCUCUUUGGACAGUCACAGCUGUUGCAGAAUGAUGAUGAUGUAGGGGACCACCAGCCAUUUGCCAAUGCACAUGCAGUGCUGUCCCAGUCCCAUUCUCGAGCCAAUGUGCUGAACAAAGUGGAGUAUGCACAACAGCGCUGGAAGAGGCAGGUCCAAGAGCAGCGCAAGUCUGUCUUUGAUCGACAUGCUGUUCUGAGCUAAAUCUACAUCCUCCAUCAAACAUCUAACUGCAAGAAGAGAUUUGUACUGGAGUAGCAGAGUCACAGGGACUCGAGUCUUCCAAACAGCCUGGCCUCCAGACAUGCCUUCUUUCUAUCUAUCUAUUUACUUGAAUUGGAUUUGCUCAAGCCAUUGCAUCUUUACUGUAGUGGUUGAUUAUAAUCUUAACAUGGUUGUUUUUGGGUUACCUAAGUCUUGAUUAAAGGGGUCUCAACUAGUUAUAAUUUAAAUGCUCAACACUUUGCUGAAGUGCUAGUUCAGUAUUAAUUGCAGCAUUUUUAAGGUUAAUGGUGUAGUAACAAUCAAUAAUCUACUGUCCACAAUUUUGCUACCUGUUUUUAUUUUGAUGGCCAUGUUUUCAAAAUCUGGUUACCAAUGCAUUUGAAAACAAUGCACAAUAUAGUUUAGGAGAGAGAGAUACUAGACCUUAAACUUGAAACUAAAAAAUAUAUAUAUAUAUUUAUUAUAUAAUCAGGUUAAAAAAAGAUAAAUUAUAAUGAGGAUUUAGCUGCUAACAACACUAAACAUUGUGAAGCUAUUUAAUUUUUCACCAUGCAACUCGUAUUGUUAAAAUGGCUCUAAGUACAUUGGUGCUUCCAUUGAAACAUCAUAACUAUAGUACUAAAAUCACUGAUGUUUUCUCUUUUAAAAUGUAUUGUUUGUGUAAUUGUAAUAUAGUAAAGGGGAAGUAUUGCUAAUGAUUGUAUAGGAUGGCAAUUAUAACUAAAAGUUCCUUUUUUUUUUGUUCUUCGGGAAUUGUAAAUGUUUUCUUAAACUUAAACAAUUUGUGUGAUGUCUUCUAAAUUAAAAAUAAAUGCUGUAUUAAAACUAUAA